UCAGUUCCGCGUGCAAAAUCCUCUAGUGAGCUACACGACUUUAAACAAGAUGGCGCGAACACUGGUGUUUAAAUUGAUUCUCUACGCAAGUGGUUUGAGUGUGUUGAAUGGCGCUUGUUGGUCAUGUUUAAAACGGUCACACAGCAUAAGAGAGUUUCUCUUUACGAAGGAGCCGAUAUGGACGCACACUACCUCUGCAAACACCAGAAUAAGAUGCUUAGUGGACAACGUUAACGCAAUAGAGAAGAGAUCUGUAAUCUUCACACGAUCUUGUUACAGCCAGGGACAUAAGGUGUCUAGAAUAUUCCAAGGAACUUUUGACAAGUUUCGAAAAAAGCAUAUGGACGUGACACCUAGAGGCAUGGGCACCUACUUUCAAGAGGACAUGCUCUAUAUGCGUAGUGAUAAAAGCUGUGCUGUGAUUAUGGUCACAUAUCCUUUUUGCGGUAGAUAUAUCGUCUAUGAUCUCCGAGUCAAGAAUUCCCACAUUCAAAGACCACCGCAUCCCAAAUGCGUUCAGGAAUACCUGAAGUACGAGAAGUAUGGCAAAGUUAUAUAUGACUCAAGCUGCCAGGGUAUACUUGCAGCAAAGGGAAAGCCGGGGCUAUACCAACCAAACGAUCGCUGCCCGAAUCGCAUUAACUGACUGAAACGCAUUUUCGCGACAUCCGUAAUACAAAAUAAUGCUACAAUAAACAUGUUCCAAGCCAAUGGGCAUUCCAAGACAUUUAUGUGAGCAAGAACCAGGAUUUUUCCAGCAAUAAAAUACUCCAAUAGGUCUUUGCUCUUCA